CCUCUGCUGCAGCUUUUACCGAGAACCGGAGACUGGACUGGAACCGUUAGGGUUAGAGGAGGAAGGCACGGACACACAGACGGACACAAACGGACACAGACGGACACAGACGGCAGUUUGGUCCCACCGAGCCUCCGUCCUGCGGUUGGAUUCACUCUGACUGCAGCCUGUCUGUGAUCAGCUGUCUGUGAUCAGCUGUCUGUGACCAGCUGUCUGUGAUCAGCUGUCUGUGAUCAGCUGUCUGUGACCAGCUGUCUGUGACCAGCUGUCUGUGAUCAGCUGUCUGUGAUCAGCUGUCUGUCUGAUCCAUGAGGACCAUGGACAGCUCCACAUCCAGAUCCAGGUGGACACUGACUGCACUGGUACUGUGUAGUCUGACAAAUAUUUUUGGCAGUGCGAGCCUGGAGGUGAAUGAAACGCAGCAGCAGCAUCCGACCAACGUCUACCACGACAUGGGAGUGACCAGGAACAAGAUAGUGACGGCCCAGUUCGAGUGUUACCAGAAGAUCAUGAAGGACAACAGCAACAGCAGACCAGUUGCAGAGCCUGUGUGUAAUCGUACCUGGGAUGGCUGGUUGUGUUGGGACGACACCAGGGCAGGGGUGACCUCUGAGCAGCACUGUCCAGACUAUUUCCAAGAUUUUGAUCCUUCAGAGAUGGUGACGAAGAUCUGCACAGACACUGGAACCUGGUUCCUGCAUCCAGAGAGUAACCGCACCUGGACCAACUACACCCGCUGCAACGAACACACCACCGAAGGACGAGUGACUGCCAUGAACCUCUUCUACUUGGCGCUCAUCGGUCAUGGACUCUCUCUGACGUCACUCUUCAUCUCUCUUGGAAUAUUCUUCCAUUUCAAGAGCCUCAGUUGUCAGAGGAUCACUCUUCAUAAAAACCUCUUCUUCUCUUUCGUUCUUAAUUCGGUCAUCACUAUUAUUUGGUUGACGGCGGUGGCCAAUAAUCAGGAGCUGGUGCAGAGGAAUCCAACCAGCUGUAAAGUGUCCCAGUUCAUCCACCUGUACCUGUUCGGCUGUAACUACUUCUGGAUGCUGUGUGAGGGCAUCUACCUCCACACUCUGAUCGUGGUGGCGGUGUUCGCAGAGAAGCAGCACCUGAUGUGGUACUACCUGCUGGGCUGGGGUUUCCCUCUCAUCCCGGCCUCCAUUCACGCCAUCGCUCGAAGUUAUUACUACAACGACAACUGCUGGAUUAGCUCCAAAACGUCCCUCCUCUACAUCAUCCAUGGUCCCAUCUGCGCCGCCCUCCUGGUCAACCUGUUCUUUCUGCUGAACAUCGUGCGGGUGCUCAUCACUAAACUGAAGGUGACCCACCAGGCUGAGUCCAGUCUGUACAUGAAGGCUGUGAGGGCCACCCUGAUCCUGGUUCCUCUGCUGGGGAUCCAGUACGUUCUGCUGCCCUACAAACCAGAAGGACGAGUCUCCUCUGAGAUUUACGACUACAUCAUGCACAUCCUGAUGCACUACCAGGGACUGCUGGUGGCAACUAUCUUCUGUUUUUUCAAUGGAGAAGUGCAGGCGGUUCUGCGGCGGCAUUGGAACCAGUACCAGAUCCAGUUCGGCAGCAGCGUGGGGAACCACUCGGACGCCCUGCGCUCCGCCUCCUACACCGCCUCCUCCAUCACAGAGGUCCAGGGCUGCUACAGCAUCGACAGCCACACAGAACACAUGAACGGAAAAGGCUGCCACGACUCCGACACCUCCAUCCUGAAGGCAGACGGCCCCUUCGCCUGACCCCGCCCCCGCCCCACCCACCUCAGCCCCAUCCCAUCAUGCACCUCCCUCUCACACAAACCCAAGCAUGUUUGGAGCUCCACGGCAACCACAGAAACAUCCCAUUACACGGACCGAGAUCCUGUCACUUUAGAUCGAUGCAACUCAGGAUGUGACGAGUAAAGAAAAGAAAAGGAAAGAAAAGAAAAGAAAAGAAAAGAAAAGAAAAGAAAAGAAAAGGAAAGAAAAGGAAAGGAGGGCCUGGGUCCAUUUUGACCCCACAGGAGGAAACUGUCAGCGCUCUGUUCCCAUGACAACAACGCCGACCCAGCCCUUGGACUGGUCUGAGGGGAGCUUCCAUCACACAGCUGGUGUCUCACCCCAGGUUCAGACCGAACUGCCUCAGAUGAGCUCAGACACACUGGGACCACCCCAACACUGGUGCCACGGGUCUGCCUGUUGAACCGCUUUUCCAUGGAACCGCUUUUCCAUGGAACCGCUUUUCCGUGGUUUUACAUCAUGUCGCGCACUAAGGCCCUUGUAGAAGCCAAUAAUGUAAUAAAAACCAUAAUGUAAUAAAUUAGCUAUUUUUAAAAUGUAAUAGGCUGUUAACAUAAUAUCUGGCCAAUAAUGUAAUAAAAGUCCUGAACCGAUAACGUAAUAGCGUUUGGCCAAUAAUGGUAUGACUUAUUCCAUUAUUAUCUCAGUUAUUACAUUUGCAAAGAAUUUUUUUUUUUUUUACCAGGACAAUAACGUAAAAAUCAACCAAUCACUUAUAACGUUAUUGGCCAAAAGUUAUUAUGUUAUCGGUUCAGGAGUUUUAUUGCGUUGUUGGCCAGAUAUUAUGUUACUGGCUUAUUACAUUUUAAAAUUGGCAGAUUUAUUCUGUUGUUGGCCGUUAUUCCGUUAUCGGCCGUUAUUCCGUUCUUGUUCCAUUGGAGGCUUGUCCAGGCCUUCCUUCAUCCUCUGCUUCUGUCGUGGCUUGUGCCAAACCAAGGAAACCCUGCCUGCCUCACUGUGUGUUUCAGUACAAAACCACAGUCUCAUGGUUGUAAAAUAUGUUCAGACUAGGCUAUGUUAUCUUUUAUAUGUUAUCUUCAUUUUUCUGGACAUUUUCAGAUAUUUUUCAAUGAAAAUGAAAUCAACACCAUACACUGUA